CACUCACAAAACCCGUUCCGUGGAUGUCGUUUGUAGAUACCUACCACCACCACCACCACCACCACCACCACCACCCUUCCGUUCACAUCAAGCAUGCGCUUUUUGGCUGGUAUCUUUGCCAACCCGGCCGCCGUCAUGGGCAUUGUCACCUCGUGCAUGAGCGCCAGCGUGCGCACCACGACCAUCAUGGCCAAUCCUCCCGCUAAGAAGGACCAACCCCGGCCCAUCGUCGUCUCUGGCCCUUCGGGUGCUGGCAAGAGCACCUUCCUUAAGCGUCUAUUUAAGGAAUUUCCCGACGUGUUCGCUCUUAGCGUCUCCCACACCACGCGCAAGCCUCGCACUGGCGAGCAGGACGGUGUCGACUACCACUUUACGGAGCGGGAGGUGAUGGAGCAAAUGAUUGCCUCGGACGAGUUUGUGGAGCAUGCUCAGUUUGGCGGCAACCUCUAUGGCACCAGCAAGCGCGCCAUCUCGGAUGUGGCGGCUCAGAACCGUAUUUGCAUUUUGGAUAUUGAACGUCAGGGCUGCGAAAACGUCCGCAACCUGGACAUGCAACCCCUCUUUGUGUUUGUGCAGCCACCCAGCGUGGAGGUUCUGGAACAGCGUCUCCGCAGCCGUAACACGGAAACCGAGGAAAGCCUGCAAAAGCGUCUGGCCGAAGCCGAAUCCGCCAUGGUUUACGGAGCUACGCCUGGCAAGUUUGAUCACGUCAUUGUCAACGACGACCUCGAUGCCGCCUACGAAAAGUUCAAGGCUUGUUUGAUGCCUGACAUUGAGCACGCCAAGAAAAUGCAGGCCGCGGCGUAAACAGCCCUAAUUUGGACCAGCCCCGUCAGUGCCUUUUGGAUUGACAAGACCGACUGUUUUAAACAAGAAGAUACUUACGCACGAGGAAUGACACGAAAGGGUUCAGCGUGUGUUCCUCGAUUGUUUUUUUUAUGUUGCUACAAGCCGACCCAAUCAAUGAAUGAU